AUGAAUGACUUUAUUCAGUUGAACUUGCAAUUAAAUAGACGAGUUCUUUGUAUUCAGUCACACGUUAUAUUAGGGUUUACAGGUGGUAAAAUGACAUUUUGUGUCUUUGAAGCAACUGAAGGAUUGUCAUUUGAUUGGAUUUCAACAGUUCAAUAUGUUUCAGGAAGUUUACAUGAGGGUACAGAGCUGAAACAAUCUGAAAUGAAAACUUUGCUUCAAGGAGUAUAUGAACUUGUAUACAAACCCCUUCAAAAGUACAUAGAUAACAAAGUGAAUUUAUUAGAUAUCUCAGUAAAUCUUAGACCAUAUGACAUAAUUUUAAGUGGUUAUAUUGCUGAUCCUUUAACUCUCAAUGAAAUACACAAGUUUGUAACUAACAUCAAAGAUAAUUGCAUAACUAGAAACCCUUUCUGGAUUUGUGAUCCAGUCCUAGGCGACCAUGGGACUUUUUACGUUAGUAAAGAAUUAGUUGAAGUAUAUUUAGAAAUAUUGCACACAGUGGAUAUACUAACCCCAAACCAAUUUGAAUUUAUACAGUUAGCAAGGAAACUAAAAAAAAGUGCAAAUAUACUCCCACAUUUAAAAACAAAUAUGGAUAUAACUGGAGAACAGAAACUAUCCGAGCUUAAUCAGCUUGAGAUUUUUAAUAGAGAAACUUAUAAUGAAAAUAUUUAUGGAGGAAUUUCACUAAUGCAAUCUAUCGAAUACUGUAAAUUAUUACUAGAGACUGGUUUAAAAAAUAUUAUAGUUACAUCUCUAAAUCUUAUAGAUGACUUUGACCACUUGUUUACACUUCUAGCAACCUACAAUUCUAAUGCUAUAGCUACUUGUUUUCCAAAUGUAAAGCUCGAUCUUGAAAAUUGUAAAGUUAAUGUUGUUACCAUACGAUAUAAGCAAAUUGUUCAUUCAAAAAUAUUUUAUGGAAUGGGAGAUUUAUUUGCAGCUUUAUUUACUUCCUUUUUGUCUGAGUAUGAUGGUGAUCUUUGUUUCCCAAUAUUAAAGGCUAUUUAUAUAACUCAUUAUAUCAUAAAGUACAAUAUUAAUAUUUCCAGGGAAGUAACUACUGAAUCAGAAUCAUCUUCAGUUAGACCCUUAUACUUGUCUUCUAAAUUAUUGGAGAAGGCUUUGUUAGAGAUUAACCAGAUGAAUGGGGACACACUACUAAGUUUAUAUGAUAUAAAAAUUCAUCGCAUAGAAUAA